GCCCUAAAAAUAGGCUUAUUAUAGGUAUUAAGUGGAUUAAACACAUCUCCUCAGCAUUUUCACUGGAGAAGCUUGCUGGGUUUGUUCCCAAAAUAUUCUUUGCUGGGAUUAAUUCGAUCAUCUUAAGCAGCAAUGAGGCAUGAACUUAACCAAUCUGUUGAGUCCUGAAUGUUUCGGGAAUGUAUUUUUCCUGCAAAUUUCCCAUGCAUUCUCUAUUGUUUAAUGUUUGAAAAGUCUUGACACUGUCAUGGGCUUGAUAUACAUUGGGUCUGUCAAGGUAAAACUUCCAGAAAAAGGGCCAAACCAGAGGAGCUUCAUAUAAAUUGGGUAUGACUCUUAUUUAUUUGAAGUAAGUUCUAGUUAACUUUUCUCAUGAUUCAAACCAGAGGAAGUAAGCUCUUCUCAGUUGAAACUCGAAUUAUGAAGUCAUAUCCAAAGCCAAAAGCCCAGGGUAAGAUUAACCCUCACCAAGCUGCUUUCGAGCUUAAGCAACGGGUUGUUCUUUCACUCAAUAGGCUUGCAGAUAGGGAUACAUAUCAAAUUGGGAUGGAUGAGUUGGAAAAAACAGCUGAGAGUUUGACUUCUGAAGGGUUCGGCCCCUUUCUUUCAUGCAUAGUGGAAACCGAUUCCGAACAAAAAUGCACAGUGAGGAAGGAAUGUGUAAGGAUCUUGGCUACAUUAGCGAAGUUUCAUGGUGGGCAUUUGGGGCCAUAUUUAGGAAAGAUGAUUGCUAGUAUAGUUAAACGCCUUAAGGAUCCAGAUUCUAAUGUGAGAGAUGCUUGCAUUGAAACAGUAGGUAUUUUGGCGUCAACCAUGAUACAUCCUUUGGGAAGUUGUGAUUCUGAAAAUGUUGGUCCCCUUGUUGUGUUUCUGAAGCCCCUUUUUGAAGCACUUGGGGAACAAAACAGGCAAGUGCAGUCUGGUGCAGCGUUAUGCUUGGCUAGGGUGAUUGAUGCAGCCAUUGAUCCACCAUCAAUGAUUCUUCAAAGGAUACUAAUGAGGAUUGUCAAAUUACUUAAGAACCCACACUUUUUGGCGAAGCCAGCAAUUCUAGAGUUGAUUGGGAGCAUUAUUCAGGCAGGUGGUGCUUCCACACUACAAUCAUUGUCUUCCGCAAUGACUGCUAUCCAGGAAGCUCUAAAAAGCAGCGAGUGGACAACACGUAAGGCUGGUUCUGAGGCACUUGCACGCAUAGCUCUAGGUUGUGGCCUUAAAGUAACAUCUUUCAAGUCUUCUUGUAUCAAUUCCCUUGAAUCCUGCCGCUUUGAUAAGGUGAAGCCUGUACGGGAUGUAGUUAUGCAGGCUUUGCAGUAUUGGAGAAGCCUUCCUAGUCCUUGUUCUCCUACUGCUUCCGAAGUAGGGUCAUCUACUAAAGAGAAUCUCUGUGAAGGCAACUCAACAGACUUUGGGAGUGUAAGUGACAGUGGGUGGAAAGAUAGGAAUGAUAUCCUGCUUAGGAGAGCUGGUGGCCCCAUUGCAAAUGGUAGUGGGACUCGCUUGGUAAAGAAAAGAACCCCUUUAGCUGACAGGAAAACUGACCAGAACUUACAUGACAAGUCACUGCACGAAAAAACAAAUGAAUGGCAUGUUGAGAUUGCUCUCCCAAAAGCUCAUUCUGCUACUAUGGCUGAAUCCCACAAUGAAGAAUCUGAGAGUAGCUGCAUCACCAAGGCCAUCACAAGAACAGUGACAUCUAGUGACACCAUUCAAGACAUCCCAAACAAUGGUGUGGCUGACAAUAAACCAGAGUGUUCUUCCAUAUCCGAUCUAGCUACUAGUGACUUUGAGACUAAGCAUGUGAUGAAUUCGCUCACACAGGUGCCGGUGGGGAAUAUGGAUAAACCUGUGGUGAUGAGUGAUAGGCUUGCAGCUAAGGAGAACUAUCCCGAGGAGAGUCAAUUCAUGCAAAGAAGGCGGGAGAGAGACAGCUUGGAUUCUAACAUCUCGGAACUGUGUUCGCAGGGAUUAAAUCAUUGUUGUUUGCACGGUGAAAAUGGAUUGACCCUUGUUCAGAGACAUCUUUUAGAGAUUGAAACUAAGCAAUCACAUUUGUUGGAUCUUCUACAGGUAUUUAUGGGGACUUCAAUGGAGCAGCUAUCUCUAUUGCAGUCCAAGGUGCUCGGUCUAGAAAGGACUGUUGAUGAAAUAGCACAAGACCUGGCUCUCUCAAAGGGCAGGUCAAAGGCUCACUACGGAAACUGUUCUAACCCUGCCAGUUACAAGCUGUGGAAAAAGAGUCAAAGCCUAACCUCCUCCCCUAGGGUUUCUACAUAUAGUCCCAGGCCGUCUGCGGACAAAAAAAUUCCACAAAGUCCUAUGUUACCAACCCAUUUCAGGGAACAAUGGGAAGAACCACCAUCUGUGAAUUCCAAAUUAAGACCGCCUGUUAAACAAGGUAUAGACCACUGGAGGGAUCCUAAAACAAAAACUAUCCGAAACUCCACGGCAAAAGGGGUUCAAGAAACCCAAAUUUAUGGUAAUCAAAUCUCAGGGAAAUUUGAUGAUCAUGGCCCUAGGAAGAGCCGCCAAGUAAACAAAGCACUAGAACAAUUCACUUCGCUAUCUGAGAACAAUGCUAAGCAUGUUGUCUCGGAAUGCAGGAAAAGCUCGGUCUCAACCAAUGCUUCCCUUCAUGUCAUGUGGGAACAUGUCAAGGAAUUCCUACAUUCUGGUGACUUUGAAUCAGCAUUUGUGGAGGCUCUAUGCUGUGGUGAUGAUCACCUUCUAUUGAAGCUUAUGGAUAGGACGGGCCCUAUUAUGGAAAGGUUAUCUCAAGGAACAGCAAUUGAAAUUCUUCGUGUAUUGGCAGCUAACUUGCUUGAUUGCAAAUUUUUGGAGAUCAUCAUUCCUUGGUCAGAACAGGUAGUGGAUUUAAGCGCUGGGCGUGAGCUGGAUUACCUUGUUCUCUCCUCAAAAGACAAAAGGGAGUUUUUGUCUGCUCUACGGGAAGCAGCAGCAAUGCAUUUUCCAGAGCUUGCACACCGGAGGUGCAUUGCCAAACUUUCAUUGAAGUUAGGUCAAGUCUGGGGAAAAUGUUCCUGAAACUCUACGAAUCUCAAGCAAGAAUAGUGGGAAAGACUGCAAUGGCGAUUAAGAUUUUGCAUGUCAUUUGUACAAUGUGGUCAUUCAAAUCGUUUUCAAAGAAAUGUGCCAUUAUUUUGCUAUUCCAAGUUUUAACUUCUGUAUAAAGCUGUCCAAUUUUGAUAUUCACAACAGCUUUCACAAUGUACCUGGUUUGUCAAACUAUACUAGGGUAUCGAAUGGUCUGUUUUUAUACUAUUAGUCAGUAUUUUCUUUAUACAAGUCUAAUGCCGUUUGGUCA